CGAUUCUUUUCUUACUACUUGUUUACCAGUUCUGCUUCUUAAAGAAUUCUUCUUAAAGCGCACACACCUCGGCGCUGAUAAGCAAAUUUUCUAAUCAUAUUUUAAAUACUUUCACUUUCAAUCAGUGCUUUUUCAGCGGCUCCCCAUUUUGCCGCCCCUUUAACCCUUGGCAGCCGUUACGGAACUCAAUGGGCCAUGACCGACCGCAGCCGUUGGCGAGAAUAAAAUGAAACAAAAAUUAUGCAGGGCAGAUGGAGAAGUGUCUAAAAAGGGUUGAAGGUACACAGGAGGAAAAUCCAGUCAUUUAAAGGCAUAGUUUGCAAAAAAGAAAACAUGUUCGCCUUUUUAUAAGUUGGAUUGUAUGUAUUUUGUAAGUUUGCUUCGAUUGUCAGGCUGUAACUUCAAGUCUUGGGUAUAAACAUUUUUGAGACACGUGGGAUACAAUCGUUUUUCUAUCUGUAAGCCAGCCACAGCAUCUUUGCUAUCAAAAAUUGACUUUUAAUGAAAACAAUUGAAAAUUCUCGGUGUCUGUGUGCCGGGUCCCAAAAUGUUUUCCCACGCGAAAGCCACGGGGUACUCGUCUCAACUGCCGACUGACUGCUCAACUGACCAAAACUGGCUGCGGUUAUUAAUUUCAAUUAAAGCAUUUAACCGGAGAGUCCACCGCCUUUUGUUUACCCAACCUGCCCCGCCCCCUAGCCGACAUUAAUUAAGGCGAGAAAGUGGCGGAGUUGCUAGGGAAUUUCCAGGCCAUAGGUGCUGUGUUAUUCAACGGACUAAUAAAGUUGAUUCGAGCAAGAUUUUCAGGACCAUCAAGCAAUGCUCAAAGGAGCCGAGGAUCUGCCAGCUUCCUGAUAAUAUCGUAUUUCACGAAAUCAUCAAAUUAGCCAGUAGUCAAGAGCAGAGACUGCAGUGCCACCAGCAUUUAAAGUCCGCCCAGCAAACGGCAAAUAAACAAACAGAUGCAGGGAAAAUUCCGAGGCAAAGAGCAGGGUAGAAAAUUAAGGAAACGGGGCAGAGAAAAUUGAAGAGACCAUUUAUAGGAAGCCGACAGCAGACGGCGAUAAGAGAAAGAGUCUGGCUGGUCUGGCCUGGCUUUUCGGUUUUCGGUUUUCACUGGCUUGGGCAGCCAACUAAUGUCAGACACUAUAUAAAGUACGCGGAUGCUAACAGAAGUACAUAGAUUUAGUUUAUGCUAGUUUAAUGUAUACCUGCAUUUUGUGUUUAUAAUUAUUUAUGAUAGUUUCCAGUACUUUACAUAUGUUUCGAAUAUUUUAGUACACUUUAAUAAAAUGUUUUUCGGCAUCCAAAAUCUCCCCCUAGUAACCCAGUUGAUAACUGCAAAAGUUUCCCCAAAUUUGUAAUUUUUCCAGUUCAAACCUAUUUGUCCCUGCCAUAGAAAAUAAUUGAGAGAAGACUAAGCCGAAAAAACGAACGCUUCAACCUUUAACCUCUGCUUUCGGUUGCCCGGCGAUACCAACACACACACGGCAGAACAGCAGAGACUCAGUUGGCAGGAAAGGCCAAAGUGAAGUGGUUCUCAUUCUGAGCAGAGGAAUCGUAAGAAAGAAGCACCGGCAGCAGUAUGCCGCCAAAGGGGAAAAAGGGCAAAAAAGGCAAAAAAUUGCCAGUGCUCAUCGAUGGCGUGGACACCUCGGCGAUGACUCGCGACCAGCUGGAAGCUUUUGCCCUCCGGCUAAAAGCGGAAAUGGAUCGGGAGCGAGAGGAGCGUAACUACUUCCAGUUGGAGCGGGAUAAGAUCCGCACUUUUUGGGAGAUCACGCGCCAGCAGCUGGAUGAGACCCGCUAUGAGCUGCAGCAGAAGGACAAGGAGAUCGAGGCCACACAGGAUCUGGCGGAUAUCGACACCAAGCAUGUGAUGCAGCAGAUGAAGCAUCUGCAGUUCGAGAACCACAACCGGCUUGGUGAGGUUCGUGCUGAGGCGAUGACCCAACUGAAGUUGGCGCAGGAGCACCAUGUUCUGCAGGAGAACGAGCUUCAGAGGGACAAGCGCCAGUUGCGCCGGAUGCUCCGCGAAAGAAUGGAGAUGAGCGAGAUGCAGUUGCGACAAAUGGAGGCUCACUUCAACGAGAAGCUGCUAGAGCAGCGCAUCACCUUCGAACGCGAGCGCAAGGACAACGAGAUGCUCCACGAGGAGAAAAUGAUCGAGCAGAAGGCCAAGCUGGACCUCUUCUACGGCACACAAAUGUUCGAGGUAGAGGAGCGGAAGAACCAGCAGAUAAAGGACCUGCAGGACCACCACGACCUGGCCUUCAACGACAUGAAGAACUAUUACAACGACAUCACGCUGAACAAUCUGGCGCUGAUUGGCAGCAUGAAGGAGCAGCUGGAGCAUCUGCGCAAACAGGCGGAGAGAUCUGACCGAAUUGCCGCGGACACGGCAGCCGAGAACCGGCGACUGAAGGAGCCAUUGGAGCAUGCCAAUAUCCAGUUGAACGAGUAUCGCCGCAAAUUGGAGUUCUACGAGCGGGAUAAGCAGCAAUUAAGUCGCCUCAAGACGCGCAACACUCGGCUGGAAAAGAAGGUGAAGGGUCUUACUUGGGAGGCGGAAACUCUGAUCCUGCGAAACGACUCUCUGGUGGCCGAACGGGAAGGACUCAAGGAGCGCUUCAACGACGUGAUUGUGGAGCUGCAGCAGAAGACCGGGCUGAAGAAUGUCCUACUGGAACGCAAGAUCGCCGCUUUAAUGCGCGAGGAUGAGAAGCGCAGCAUUGUCCUACACGAAACGAUCGCCACAUGCGCCCCCAAUUUCGCCGAAAAGCUGACCAGCUUGGACGAACGGGUGGGCAACAUCAUCGAUGAGAAGAACAAGAUCAUCCUUGACCUGCGCUAUGAGGUAGCCAAGGCCCGCAAGGCCCACGACGAUCUCCUGGAGACCUACGAGUGCAAGCUCAAGCAGUAUGGUGUGCCCACCGACGAGCUGGGCUUCAAGCCCAUUAGGGAUCGGGACCAACAGCAGCUGUACGUGUGCGGUCCUGCGGGAAUAAUCACCGAGAAUAAGUAGGAUCUGCAGAAGAAAAACGUCGCAUUCAUAAGUCUGAUCACAAACAUAUUUGGAGGUGGGAAAGACAAGGGUACUUGAACUCAAAACCAGAAGAAACUAAUCUUGAACUCCAGACUUAAAACUCUAGAAGGAAGAAGGCAAAAAAACUAUCGAAUUAUAUUUUUAACAAAUGAAAAAAAGCAAUAUCAUGGAUUAAAAGGAGAGGCAAGAUGGAACUGAUUUUAUUUGAUGAUCAUACAAAGAAAAGACUAUAAAACGUAAAUGGGGAAUAUAUUAAACAACAAAACGAGGAGGAAAAGCCAAUUAAGAAUCCCGCCUUUGUAGGCACAGAAAAUGUAAAUUGCUAGUGCUGUUGAGAACUUUAAGAAUUUAUUCAUUCUGUGCCUACCAGAAGUGUAUUAUUUAAAUUCUCCUCAAAAAUUAUAUGGAAGCAAUAAAACUUAUACCAACGAACUUUCAAAUCUUUUUUUUUUGUUUCGCAUUGUAGUACAUUAGGUAAAUUUAGAUUGUCAGAAUGUAUAACGGAUAGAUGGAUGAUAGAUGAUCUUACUAGCUAGACAUCCCACAAACCAAAAAAUCAAAUGCAAAUGACCCAGUAAAUGCGAAUGGCAAGUGGUGUUCGAAUCAUUCAGAAUUUAUUCAACGUUAGCCUAGGGUAGUGUAUAAGAAGUAUGUAUACGUUUAUGUAUAUGCUUAUAAAAACCUUCUGGAAUACGUUAGCAAGGAGUUGAACAUUUUGGAAAUGCGCGUACAAUCCGAAUUUCGACUAACACUAAAGACAGAAAGAG